AUGCAAAGAAUGCGGGAGAUUGAUGAGAAAGCCUGGCAGCAGUUCAGUGAGAGGGACAAGAAGCGGUCCCAGACAGAUCCAAGUUUCAGCCCCAAAGACACAGAUUUCGAAGCGCCGAAGUCCUUCAAGUAUGACAAGUCGGUGAACUACUACAAGACUCUCGGUAUCGAGGAGUAUGCCACCAACGAUGAGAUUAAGAAAGCCUAUCGGAAGCUGUCGCUCAACUACCAUCCCGAUAAGCAGACCAACAAGACUCAAGAGGAGAAGGACGAAGCAGCAGCCAUCUUCAUGGAGAUCAAGAAUGCGUACAAGCUCCUGGCCGAUGAUCCGACCCGGCGUCAGUAUGACUUCGAACGUGAUCGCGACAACGUGAGCGCGCAGAGCCAUGGGAAGAAGCCCCAGGAGAAGAAUGGCUUCGACGCUGGGGAGGCUCUGCAACGGAUGAUGGCAAAAGCCAAGGAGAACAAAAAGCUUCCAAGUGAGAUCAUCACGGUGCCAGUGCAUUGCAGGAUAGAGAAGUUCGUCUUCGGUGGUCAAAAAACCUUGAAGCGCACGAGGCUCGUGAAGGACAAGAGCUACGGUGGUUUCAACGAGGAAGUGAAGAGCUUUCGAAUCGAUUUGCCAGCUGGAGUGGAGCAGCCCUGGAGUGUGGACUUCCGGAGGCAGGGUGACCAGCAUGAGGGACGAGAGGCUGACACGAUCCGCUUUCUGUUCUCGGCGAAGCCGCACUUAUGGUUGGAUCGAGAUGGCCAGGAUAUCAAACUGAGGGAAGCGAUCCAGUUGGGUGCGUCCAUGCGAUCCGAGGCUUACUUGUCUGCUUCCAUCGCACCCUUUUCGGGUCGCCAGGUCUUCAUCUGGGGUCGCAAUCCGUUCCAUGGAUCCACUGCGGUGGCCGAGGAAGGGCAGUUGGCUGUGCAGCUGCACGGCCUCGGCUUGGGCCCGAAGGGAGCCUUGGCUUUGCUUUUGAAGCUGGGGAUGGGAACCAGGCGCGACAGCCAUCGCUUGCACGUGCCGCCGGGGCCCCCGGCCGGGCGCCGACAGUUCCUGGAGCGCUUCGGCCUCGCCCCCUCCGCCGGCUUCAGCGAGCCGCUUCCAGAGCCAGGUGCCGGAAGCAUGCUGCGGACCCUCCUGGAGCGACGCCAGUCCAGGAGAGAGAUGCACGACAAGCUCACUGCGGACAUCGAGUUGAGGCCAAUCGGACAAGCCAUCCGGCUCUUCACCAAGCCACCGAGCACUCUCACUUUUUUGGCUAGCACAGCUCCAAAGUAUGAGCUUUUUGCAGUGAGCCUCGACUGUCCCGCAUGCGGCAAGAAGAAGGCUUCGGCAGAUUGGGACCGGCUGAAGGCCCGCUUGACAACGGUGCUGCAAGAGACAGCCUUUAUCCUUCUCGCGCAGGCGCGCAGUGUGCGACCCCGGUCUCUGCUGGCUAAGCCGAUCUUUGAUGAUAGGAUCGCGCUCUCAAGGGCUGAUCGCCCCAUGCCGUGGAAGAACAUGGGCGAUCAGGCUUUCAAGCAGGGGAGCUACUGGAUUGCGUGUGCUGUCUAUGCAAAGCGGCUUGAGGAGUUGCGAAUCGCGGUUCAUGUGCAGACGGAUGAUGAUGCAGAGGAGGAGGAGGAGGAGACGUGUGAAGAGGAGGUGAUCGAUGUGAGCGGACAGCGCGGCCCAGACCUGGUGCCAGAAGCCGCGAAAGUUCUCUCCAACCGGGCGGCUUGUCUCAUCAAGGUGCAGGACUACCUGGCGGCCGUGGCCCAUGCGAGGAAGGCUGCCGCCUUGGCUCCACGCUGGGCUCGGGCCUGGAGUCGCUUGGGCCAAGCGGCCUGGGAGCUCGGGGACAAGUUCCGUGCCGAGGCCGCGCAAGCCUACGCCAAGUCGGUGGAGAUGGACCCGCUGCCCUCCACCGUCCAAGCGCUGCAGAGCAGCGUCUCCCAGUUGCAGGGCCCGAAUCCGGAUGCGUCGCACGCUGCCAAGGAGAAGGGGAACGAGGCCAUCCGCUCGGGUCAGAUUGGUCUUGGCAUUGCCCUCUACACGCAAGGCAUCGCUCAGCUCCCAGUGCCAACGUCAGAGGAUCGGUCGAAUUCCGACGCGAAGCCCGACGAGCACGCGCUGCUUCGGGGAGUGCUCUUCACGAACCGCUCGGCGGCCUUCUCUCGUGUGCGAAGCUGGGAUGCCGCGGUCAAGGAUGCGAAGGAGGCAGUGGCAGCACAGCCAGGCUUGUCCAGUGCUCACUCCCAGCUCGGAGUUGCAUUGCUAGGAAGUGGCUUCCAUCAGGAGGCUUACGUCCAAUUCGCACGGGGAUUCCAGUUGGAUUCAGAGCACAAGCCUUCCAUCAAAGGCCGCAACACCUGCCUCAAGGAGAUGGUGGCCUGGAAGUCGGCCUCUGCCACUGCACGAUACCAGAACCGUUUCUGGCUGGACCUGCGUAGACCAAAGGGUUCGACGAGGAUUUUCGCAAUCUCCGACCUGCACUUCGAUCAGAAAUGCAACGAGGACUGGGCCCAUGCGAUCGAUGACAUAGCCUUCCUGGACGAUGUCCUCAUUGUUGCUGGCAACGUGGCUGACACGAAGGUCGGGAUGGCACGGGCGCUCACCACACUCAAGUCCAAGUUCCGGAGAGUCUUCUACACAGUUGGUAACCACGAAAUGCAAAUCGCGACCUCGGAGUUUGCACGUUAUCCUGACUCUAUCGCGAAGCUUUCUGACAUUUUCAGUACAUGCGACGAGUUGGGAAUUGAUGUUUUCCCUGCCCCGGUGUGCGAAGGGGUUCUAGUGGUGCCGCUCCUUUCCUGGUGCAGUGCCGAAUUCGACCAUGAAGAUCCGUUUCCGGAUCCGAACUCCAACUUCAAUCGUCGCUGCUCGUGGCCCAUGGAUCCAGACUUGCAGGUCUGGAAGUAUAUGAUGAAGUUGAACGAAUCCUUCCUUAGCUUCCAAGGCUAUGAGACCGUGAUUACGUUCUCCCACUUCCUCCCACGACAGGGCCUGCCUUUUGACAAGACCAGGAAGAAUGCUGUGAAGGCUGUAGGCUGUGAUAUGAUUGACGAGCAAGCAAGGGCACUCAAGAGCAAGAUGCAUGUCUACGGUCACGGACGCGUGAGAUAUGCUCAGAUGCACUCGGGUGUGCGGUACGUCAGUCCACCUAUCGGUUUCGAAGCGGAUUGGCCGAAGGACCACCCUCCGCGCCUCAUGCUGGUACAUACCGGGAAGAGCCUCUGCAUGCAAGAGUGGGGAGCAGACGAUGAGCCUCCCUUAGGGUAUGUCAAGCGGCUUCUGAAUUUGAGUUUUUACACCAUGCCCGGUUUGCGUGAGAGUGAGCUUCGGAAGCUCCAAAACACAGUGCAGAGGCACAACUCCUUCACGGGGAUUGCAUGCUCUUUUGACCGCCUUGGCAGCAAAAACCAGGACAAAGAAGCACUGUCAAAGGAUGCGUUCCCAGACUUUGCACAGUUGAGCAAGGAUGCCACGCAUGUCAUGAUCACGGUUGCAGACUGUCUGGACAACCUGAAGGACCUCUGGAAGAGUGAUGCUUUUGCGAAGGACUGGCCUGCCGCGAUUGCACCCCACGCACGCAACACGGUAUCUUUCACCACACCACUCGGAUUGGACCUUGUCCAUGCGAAGAAGCGAGACCCGAUGCUCAUCGUAUACGGCUUACGGUUGAGCGAAGCGGUCAAGGAAGAUGGUGACGAUUAUGGCAAAAUGCAGAAAGCAGUCGAGGCCAUCAACAAGCUUCCUGGCAUCGAUGGCAAGAUUGCAGUGUCCCUCCACCCUACGGGCUUCUCCCGAUUCUCGCACGGUGAGCUGUUGGAAGAGUUGGGUGAGAAAAGUGACAAGAGCUCCGGGCUUACUCAUUGCUUCACGGUGCUUGUGGAUGAGCCAGCCAGCUACAAGAUGCUUGCUCAAAGUAAGACCUUCGGAAAGUGGAAGUCUUCCUACGAGCCUUACCUGGUUGGUCGCGGUCCGAAUGUCAUGGCCUUCGCCCUGCCUCUGGAUAUCGCAGCAACGGCAUCAGCUCCCAAACCUCCCAAAGGGACGAAGGGAAGCAAUGGCACCCGUGAUUGUUUCCUUAUCGAUGCCGCAGCCUCGGUGCAGCUUUGUGCUUUGGAGCUCGAGUUCUGA